UUCUCCUCUCACACACACUCACUCCAUCUGCUUCAUGAACAUGAGCCGGCUGCUUUCUCUGCCUCUCCGAGCGUCUUUGAGCUGUUUUGACAUAUGCGCUCUCUCUCUGCUUCUCUGCCUCUUUCUUUCCUCUGUCUCCCCAUACCUCUCCAUUGCUCCAUUGCUCUCUGUUUCCCCCCCUCCAGGACAGGAAAAGGAGCGGUAGCAGGGAGCACCAGCGAAGAAGGCUGACCACAAUAACAGGAAGAGGAAGUGGGCAGUGACCUGUGCUCGAGGGGGGCUGCGGUUGGACAGCUGUGGUUCAACACUUUUGGCCGCUGGAUGAGAAAACCACAUCAGAGGCAACAGGAGGAAAAAAGAGCAAGAGAUUCUCAAAACCUGUUGGACUCGUGAGGAAAAACCUCGACGACCUGAGGAAGAGAAACAAAAAAACUUUCUACCUGUUUGAGAGGAGAAAAAAACCUACAGAGGAAGAGUGAUAUCUCAGCGAUUACCUGCUGAGUGAACUCUGCCUUUUAUUCCUAAAAUCUGUCGAGACUCUGAAGGUUUGUCUUUUGGAACUCCGGGAUUCAUUCUCAUUCAAGAGGAAUCAACCCAUACUACAUCAUCACAGACUUAUCAUAUUAUCCGCUCCACAGAGAAGGAUUUGUACAGAAACCUGGUGAAAAUCAAGCCGAGAGAGAAAUCCCUGCCUGUACAACAACACCUGCUGCUCUCUUUCAACAUCAGGAAAACCAGCAGACAGAGAACAGCGAGCGAGGAGGAGGUGGUUUUACUCCCUGUUGAGCAUACAACCACCUACCAGCCACUAAUUUGUACGACAACUUGCCACGUUAAUAAAGUAUACCCCAGUCUGUGUGAGCAGGAGAGCACCUUGAAGGAUUUCCUUUUGCACCAACAGAUUCUUGGCUUGGACCUUCUGUCUGUGUGAUGAUGGCUUGGCUCCAGCUGUGGAGUACGGGGCUUACGGCCAUUAUGGCCUUGUCCUUCUCUCUUGCUGCUGCUGAAGAUUCGGGCCUCCCUGCGAUGGCAGCACAGCAGCGAGGCCCUGUCGAGAUUGUGAAGAAGGAGAACCAUCCCGUCCUGUUCAGGCAGAAGAGAGAGUGGAUCUGGAACUCUCUGUAUGUGGAAGAGGAGAAACCUGCACCUAUCGCCUACAAGAUCGGACAGCUGAAGUCGAGCCAGAAAGUGGAGGUGAAGAACUUCAGAAUAGAGGGUGAAGGAGCAAACACCAUCUUCACCGUAGAUCGCAAAGGAGACCUGUUUGUUACCAGAUCUCUGGACAGAGAGGAGAAGAACGCGUACCAUUUGACCGCCAGGAUGUAUGAUGGGAACAACCAGCUGAUAGAGGACUCUGGAGACUUCGUCGUCCAGGUGACGGAUAUCAAUGACAACACUCCAGUUUUCCCCAGACCAUAUAAUGGAUCCAUAAUGGAGAGGUCCAUGAUAGGAACUAAAGUAGUUGAGGUGAGGGCGACCGAUGCUGAUGACCCCACCACUGCUAAUGGAGAGCUCAGGUACUCUCUGACCCCAAGCGGAGACCUUUCUGCCUUUGAAAUCGACAGCAUCUCAGGUAUGAUCAGCUGCAAGACAAACACUCUGGACCGGGAAACCAAGGGUCAGUACAUAGUGGUGGUUAAAGCUCAGGACAUGAGAGGAAUGGCCUCUGGCAGCACAUCCACCACCUCCGUCACCAUCACCAUCACCGACAUCAACGACAACAUAGCUUCUUUCACCCGAAAGAUGUAUGAACUGCACGUUCGUGAGGACCACAAGUUGAAUGAGAAGAUUGGCACUCUGGAGUUGGAGGACAGGGAUCAGAUCCAGAACAAAGAGCCCAUCUUCGUCAUUCCAAGCGAAAACAGCAAAGUGUUUAACAUUGAACUCAGCCCCAACAAGGAUGGCAACCUCAUGCUCAAACAGGCUCUGGACUACGAGACGACCCCCAGCUACAGUUUCAUCAUCCAAGUGAAAGAAAACCUGAGAAACCUGCGCUUUCCUGCCGACAACGUGAACAGCGCCGUCACCUCAGCUCAGGUAAUCAUCAAGGUGCUGGAUGUAGACGAGGCACCGGUUUUCUCGCAGCCCAUUUACACUUUCACUGUGGUGGAGGAACGAGUUGUGACCAACAUCGGAGCAGUCACUGCCAGAGAUCCUGACAAAGCCAACAAGAGCAUACGGUACUCCAUCUUAGACAAGGACUGUCCGAUCAGUAUCAACCCGCUCACAGGUCAGCUGUCCACCCUGAGGACGCUGGACAGAGAGCUGGAGGCCACACACAUGUUUCAAGUUAAGGCACAGGAGGAGCCAAAUGGUUUGGAGUCAUUUGUUAAAGUUAACAUUAUAGUUCAGGACAUCAACGACAACAAGCCUGAACUGACCGUGGAUGAGAUCUUCGUAUGUGAGAACGACCCCACGAACACGGUGAUAGGAACCUUGAGAGCCACAGAUAAAGACGACCAGCCGGCCUCCUUCACUUUCAGCCUGGCCAUCGAGAGCUCCAACUUCUCCAUCAGAGACUACGGCAACAGCACAGCAGACGUCAUGGUGAAACAGGGGCCGUUCAGCCUGGAUGACCCCAAGGAUUACAGCGUGGAUGUGCGCAUCAGUGACGGAGGGCGACCCAUCCAGACCAGCAUCACCAAACUGACUAUCAAGUCGUGUCGCUGUGAUGCCAGGCGGAUUCCUACGCAGUGCAAAGCUGGUGCUCGGAGGAUGGGAGUGAGCGUCCACGCCCUGAUAGCCAUUCUGCUCUGCAUACUGACCAUACUGGUCAUAGUGAUCCUGUUUGUGAUGAGGAAACGCUACCAGAAGGAUUCACUGGCCAGUAUGAAGAACAGCGGCGAGAUUCAUGAGCAGCUUGUCACAUACGAUGAGGAGGGAGGAGGAGAGAUGGACACUAACGGCUACGACGUCUCAAUCCUCACUUCUGCUUGCAACGAUGGCUCCCUGCUCCGUCACCCUGACCACCACCCCCACCCCUCUCUCUACGCCAUGGUGCAGAAAUCCCAACACCACGCACAACCCACCGCAUGUAAGGGCGACAUGGCCGUGAUGAUCGAGGUGAAGAAAGACGAGGCGGACCACGACAGAGAUGGCUUCCCAUACGACACUCUCCACAUCUACGGCUACGAGGGACCCGAGUCUUUAGCCGGCAGCCUCAGCUCUCUGGAAAGUUCCUCCACCGGCUCGAACUUGGAUUACGACUUCCUGAACGACUGGGGGCCAAGGUUCAGGACCCUGGCCGAGCUGUACGGUGUGGACGCACCUGACUACUACCAUCAAUACUGAUGGAGACCGUCUGCUGAUAAGCAUAUGUGAUGCCAAAAUACAUACACAGACACACAUAAAAAACAGCCAUAGGAAUAACCUCACACACUCACACAUAGCCAAAAGCAUGCAGGAAAUAAACAUGUUCACACACACACACACACACACACACACACACACACACAGAACCAGGCUUUGAUGCCAUUUUGUUUCUUUGUGAGAGCAUCAAACUCCAACAAGCUCCAUCAACUAUAGAAACGAGAUUUUGGAGAGCUCUUUUUUUCUCAUGACGUGGUGCCCUCUGCCUCCUCCUCCUCCUCCUCCUUCUCCUCCACUGAGGAGAUGUUGGAAAGAUUUUUAAAGUAACACCAGGACAUGACGCCAUAGGAGAAAGUGAGAACUAACUACUUCACAGAUUUGCAAGAUUGUUGAUGACAGCGUGAGAUCCACACCACAAGGAUGCUUUUUGUUCUGUCACAGUGUUGUGAAGUUUGACAUCAGAACCCCUUUUAUUCCACCUGAGAAGAUCUGGAAGUCCAAUCAGAUGAAGCUUCACUGCGAGUCGUAGCCAAUCAGAGUUAAACUUGGAUAAUUGAUGGGUUAAUCAGGUCACUGCUGGCCAGCGAUGUUACUCAGUAAUUCAGAUUCUUUAUGUCCUUUUGCAUUUAGUUCAUGCAGCACCAUUUUGCAUCCCCCUUUUUACCACCAGUGACUGUACUGCAGAGUUUUGUAUGCACAUGUAUUCAUCUACAUAUACCUGCCAAUGAUGCAUAUUUCUUAAUGAAAAGAAAUAAACUAACUCUGGAUAAUUAUUUGCCACACUACGCUGUUAUCAAAAUAACUCAGUUGACUGUUGGUUUCACACGGUACACAAACAGCGGUUUCCAGGUGAAAGUCCGGAGUUUGUUUAAUCCAACCGCUCCAUGCAGACUUUCUAGCUUCUUAUACUACAGUUGAUUGUAGGGUCAAAAAUGCAGCUGCCCGAUGUGCCUCAUACUGCCAGUAAAGUGAUCCGAAUCUGAUGCCAAGAGCCACCGACCAAGCGUCGGUAUUUAACAAACUGGGACUGAGACCAGGUUGGCACAAAGGCUGCAUAUACCACAAAAACUAUACUUAGGGCCCGUCCCAAUACCCCCCCCCUUAGCCCUACCCCUACAUUUGCGCAUUCCUGCGAGGGGUAAUGGUGUCCCAAUUCCUUUUUGCGUGUAGGGGUAGGGGGCAUAACGAGGGGUAGUGGGUAUGAAACUAGCCCUUCGGAGCGAGGGAUUUCAGAUGCUUUCAGAUUCAGUCUUGCCAGUGAGGGGCAGACAUCGCCAUGGCUACCACCGAGCAAGAGACGGGGAAAAAAGUUCAUACAUAGCUAACGUUACCAUCGUCAGGUUGCUCGUUAGCUAGCUAGUUCGCACUAUCUGGUGUCUGUCAUCUGUCCUGUUCUGCAAAACUGUUGGACUUUUCACAUUACGAUAACACGCCAGCUAGUAUAACUAUGCUGCCUCAUAAUGUUAGCUCGUUAGCUAGCUAGCAGAAGUCCCCUGUCGUCUGUCGUUCAUCAAACGAAGCAUGAUGAAUACAGCAAACGUGAUCGGUAGGAUGAACUCAAAUGGAGACUCCAUUGUAGAUGCCGGGUGGAAAUGUAGAUGAUUUGCAGCUUCCUGUUUAAAAUAGUUACGUAUGUGUGAACGUAACCGACGUGGUGACGUAGUGAGUGGUGUCCCAGUUCCUAGGGAAAGAUUUCUACCCCUACCCCUCGUUGCUUCAUUUUGAGGGCAAAGGGGUAGUGGGCAAGGGGGGUAUUAGGAUUGGGCCUUAAAAAGUAUGCAUGAUCUUAUUCAAAUGUAAAAAAUUAAACAUCAGCUUAUCAUCUGCAUAUGAGCUUAUUAAGAUAUAGUGACUAACAUUGGAAUUUUAAUAUCAAUGGAAGUUUAUUUCUGUGCUACUGGGGAUGCAAAAUGGUGCACGUUAAAACAACUUGUUGAUUUUAGAUUUUUGACACUUUUGUCAUCUCUUUCAUACUGAUGCCUGUAAUCUUUUCCAACCUUGAUGGUUUUUUUUUUUUUUUUCUUAGAUAAUUAACAAAAGGGCCAUAAACACGGCAAGAGGAGGGUGAUUUUAUUUUUGAUCUGAGGUUCAUUAUUUGAUUUGUAAAUAUGUUCGCUUGGGGGAGGGUUAUUGUUUGAGGUGAAAAACUUUGAGCAGCCCCCAAGAGUUUUAAGUCAAAGAGGUUUGAAGUGUUUGAUCACAGCCAGAUGCCGGUUGUGUUUGCUUUAUCUGAAACAAAGUCGCUUCUAAGGAACUCUGGAAAACUCACGCUGUUUACUAGUCUGUGAUAUCCCGUAAGUUAUUCUGUGAAAUGUUUCCUUCACUGCAAUAUUGCAGCAAUUUCUGACAUGAAAUCAGUUUGACCAGCUGUUAAAAAAGGUUCAGAUAACCUGCACAAAAAGUUGCAAUUCUUUAAAGGAAGACAUCUUAAAAAAAAGCCUGUUUUCCCUCUUUUUGUUUUCUGAAACCAUCCAAUAUGUCCGAGGAGUCAUUUUCUAAGAGAGUCAUUUUGUCCAUUUUCCCAGUUAUCAUCAGCUCUGAGGAGAGAGAAGAUGACACACGGACUGGAAGGAAAUGGCUCCGCUGUGGCUCAGACAGAAUUACAAUGUGUUCCCAGGUCUUAUUUGACAGAACCUAUCAUCACAGUUAUUGUUGAGAUGAAAGCCCAAUUCUCUGCGGCCUACUAGAACAAAAGUCAUUCAGGCAACUCAGGAAGCAGCAAGUGGCAAAAGCAGCCAGUAGGGCCGCUGUGAUGGCUCAGAGGUGGCCUGAAUAACUUUAACCUCUCAUCCUUUCUGGCUACUGUCGGGUCACAAACUCUCUGAUCCAACAUUUUUACGAUCUUUAGAUGAUUUUUAGCAUAUUCACAGGAAAAAAGAGCAUUUUGCUCAUUCAUAAACAAAGCUUCAAUCUUUGGACUGAUCUGAAAGUAUUCCUUUACUGUAGUUUGUUUGAUCUUACAAUAAGACAAACUUAGAAAGGCUUAUUGACUUUCUCUUUUUAGUUAUUAGUUCCAGGAUUAGUUUGUUCCAAGAUACACAACACAUGGUCAUGGUAUAAAGAGGACAAUCCACCAAGAAGCAAACAGCGGUCCACAAAAACACACUCCUUGGAGCCAAACUCAUCCUCACUGAGCUUUUUUUUUUUUUGGAUAACCAAUUUUUUGUGGAUUAUGGCAGCAAGUAAUGAUUAUUCAAUCUGCUGGUUAUUUUCUUGAAUAUCUGAUCAGUUGUUUUACCUAUAAAAUGCCCAAAAAUGUGAAAAACCCCAUGACAGUUUCAAGGUGAGCCCACAGAGAUGAAGAUGCUGGCUUAUUUUAUUUGACCAAAAAUGCAAAACCCGAAGUUUACAAUGAGAGGAAAUAAAGAAAAAUAAGCAGCAAAACUGUUGCAUGAGAAGUGACCAAAAUGCUUAAUGGAUGAGCAAAAUAGUUUCCAGUUAGUUGCCGCCACAGUUGUGCUGUGGGUUUUCCCUUGCAUAAAUACUUUCUUUUUAUCCAUUUGGGUUGCCAGUUCUUAAGCACCCACUGAAGACAAAGAUCCAUUUUGCUUUGCAUCUUGUAUCUUGACGCAGGAGGUGUUUGUGGUCAGGUUUAGGCAACAAAACUACUUGGUUAAAGAUCUACUGUGUAAGAUUCAGGGGGAUUUAGAGGCAUCCAGCAGUGAGGUUUGCUCUGAUGUAAAAAAAAAAAAAAAAUGAAUGUCCUUAUCUGGAGCCAGUGGUUGGUUUGUGAAUUCUGGGCUACUGUAGAAACAUGGCGAUGCAACAUAUCCUAAAUCCAACACACUGGACAUACAACGUAACAACUGACUAAAAUCUUAUGUGACAAACAUUGAUCUCCUGGGUCAAAGUCCUGUGCUUGUUGGACCCAUGUGCCCUUAACAGACUUUCUUGCUCUUCAUACUAUGUCUCUUGCUCUUAUCAUCUAAUAAUGAUGUGCAUGGUUGGGUUAAAAACUCUGUGUCUCAUUCCAACACUAAACAAUGCAUUGUGCAUCUGUAUCUGACACCAAGGGUCACUGACGAAGUUUUUUGACACCCUGGGUGCAGGACCCAGCUGCUUUGAUAAUAUUGAGGACAUGCUGUUUAUUCGCUUUUUAAGUUAUCAGGAACAACUGCUCACAUGUACUGUCUGACCCCUGACUAUCUGGGAGACAGCUGUCGAGAAAAGAACUAUUUAUCACCAACACAGUAGCAUUUAAACAAUACAUUCAGAUAUUUUGGCUUAUGGUCUAAAUGGAGGCUCUGGAAAUAAAUCAUGGCUUGUGCCAUUAGAAGGUCAUUUAUAAAAGGUCAUAAAGGUCAGUAGUGACAACUAAUAAAGAAUAGGUGGUGCCCACUCCUGUUAAAAUAGGUGAUAUUUAAAUACGUACAGACGCAGCCACGUGUCCUCAGGACAGUCCCUUUGUUUUGUUUUUAUAAAUCUAAUUUUUCAUUCCAUUUUACCAGUUACAGUUUAUUUGUUCUCCUUUUUAUUCUGUUUUGUUUGGACUUGUACUUGUUUCUUUAAGACUCCGGCCCUUGUGGAAUGCCAUUUGAUAAACGCUGGAUACAAUAGCUGGAAGCCCUCGCAAUGCUUUCCUGUUGGCUUCACAUGUAUACUUAGAGCAGCCAGUUCCUCCACAUCACUCUCAGUCUGUCUCUCGUUUGGCCUCGCCGUAUCUCCACCACACCGCCUCUCUCUCCGUCCUCUAAUCAGCUAAACCAAACACCAAAGUUAACUUCCUGUCCAUCUGGGGGGUUGCUCCCGCCCCUUCCUGUCUGUGUUAUCUCUCCCCCGAGCCAACACAUUGUGCUCACUUCCCGUUAGCCCGGCCUGGGAAACAACCUUGGAGAGGAACAAAAAAAAAAAAAGGAGCGAGGCAAGGAGAAACAUGGGAUGACAAGAAACAAGAAAAAAAGAGAACAAUGUGGAGCAGUGAUGAGUUUUCCAGCUGAACAGAAACACUUAAGAGCAAAAGAUGUGCGUGAUGAAAUGCCAAGACACACACGCAAGUGGUGUUAACAUCCUGUUAUCCUGGCAUCUUUGUGUGAAGCAACACUGGGCGCAACAUUCAGAAAUCAAUAAAGAUUAGCCACGGCUGAAUCUCUGAAUUGAUGAUAGGAAACUCUUUACUUUGUUGCCUCCAAGUGGCAGAAAAAAGAAAAUCGUAGCCUCUAUUUAUGCCUCUCUUCAUUUAUACAUUUGAAAAGUUUGGGACAAGGGGACAACUUUUAGAAAACUAGUCUUGUGUCAGCACCUAUUUCUGCUGAAGACAUUUCUGCAAUCCAUUAUAAAGAUGAUUUUUUUUUAACUGGUUUUAUAAGACAUGUUUAUGGAAAACUUUUCUGGCCACCAUCUUUUUUUGGAUCAAAGAAUGGAGACCCACGGGAGGAAAGAUUCUUUUGUCAUGUCAGACCUUGAGCUCUCAAAGAAAACAGAAUCAGAGUUGGUUGCAGUUCUUUGUUAUCACCAUUAUUGUCAGAACAGCUUUUAUUUUUAAAAACUGAGGAUGUGAACAAAACAAAACAAACAAAAAAAAAAAAAUCAGUGUUGUUAAAAUCAGCAGACUGUAGCAGAGGUGCUCCAUUAUCUACUUUCCUAGCAGCAAUAAGUGUUGCGUGUACUUACGGUGAGAAAAUCGCAGACAUUCAGAGACAUCUUUUUUUUGUGCUGGAAAAAUACUGACUGAAAACUGUUCCUGACAUUUGUUCCUACUUGCACAUUUUAAUUUCCUUAUUUUCCAUAAUUUAUAGUCUUACUUCUCCGCAGUGACUCAUCAGAUAUUGCAAAACGUUUUUGAAUCCAUGAGGAUUCCUUUAUUCUGUAUGGCAUCUGCAAAAUCAACACGCUCUCAUCCCAACUUGUCAAAUACUGCCGCUUUGUCAGUGGACCCACAUGCCAAAAUAUGAUGCCCUGGGUACACUUCCUGCAUGGACGAUCAGGGGCAGCGUAUUAAUUUUACUGUUCAUUACAUGCAUACAGUAGUUUUGAAAAUAAAAUUAAAAUGUGGGUAAAAAACCUUAAUAUUUAUUAUUUUCUGAAGGUCAGGCAACAAAAGUCCGUAGAUAGGUUUUUAAAUAAGUGCCAUGGUUUGACUUAAAAUAAGUACAGUUAUCAGAGGCAUUGCUAGGGCCUCAUGGGCGAAAGUCAGUGGUUGUUGGAUCCAUCCGCCACCCCUCCUGCCCGCCCUGAUCAGACUUCUGUCCCCUCAACUUUUGUUGUUGUCCGACGUUCUUCCCCCCGAUGCCGCUGGAUGCCGUUAAACAAUAACGAUGACUGGCUGAGUAUCAUGCCGAUGUGAAUGGCUUUUUUUACCCGUGUCUGACGCCAGAAGUCACUGACUAAGUACCGGUUUUCGUCAACUUCAGAGUGAGACUGGAUUGCGCUAACAUAAUGUUAUAUCAGGUGACAUACAUCAUGUGACGUGAGUCGCUAGCAUGCUGCACAUACUUACACACUAUAAUAGAAAAUCUCGCUUGACUUUUCGUUUUCCACAGGAGACAAAGAGCAGGCUCACGCAGGUGAAAAUCCGAGGUUUGAUUGACCUACCCAGCUCCCCUCCCUCCUGCCCUAUGCAGACUGUCUCACUCGUUAUGUUGACAGUAGUUGCUCGUGGCACCACAAACUGCCGCUGCCCAGUGGGUAUCAUGUCACCAAGAACGGUGCCUCAGUGUGUUUGUGUCUGACACCGACAUCAGCUGACAAAGUAUUUGAAGAGUUGGGAGUGAGAAUGGGCUGUCAAAUUCACCAUUAACAGUGAUGCCACUUUGUCGAGUUGACUUAUUCUAUAACUUAAAAAGUGCCAUUUUUAUUUCUAAUUCAUUGGCUAUCAGUGGUUGUGUGAGAGCAUCUGUCUAUUCUAUCAAACAGUGAAUCAGUUUGGAUUCAGACAGUGAAAAUAAAUAAAUCUCUCAGGUUGGGAUUCAGGCACUAAAUACGUUUUUCACAAACGCCCCAAAUAUAUUGAAAUCCUAACUUUAAAAAAAAAAAACAGACCUUUAAGUGAUUUAGCUUUAAUUUCAUUUGUGUAUCUCUGUUACUGAGGGGGUGAACACUUUGAGUGAAAUGUACAUAGAAAAAAGAAUGUGCCUAAUAGUGAUUUUUCUCUGGCCUCACCUUAUUGAUUUUUAGCCUACGUUACUGUAUUUAGAAAACUUGACAAAUCUCUUUUUAUCACUGUAAAAAGUAACAAUAUACAUUUUUUUACUACAAAAGAAAGAGAAGUGUUUGAGUGGCUGCCUGAGUGAAGAUGUGACUUUCUGUUCGUGUGUCCACUCGUGUGUUUGUGCGCUUGUGAUUGUACCCAUGUACAUACACACAGAUGGUGUCAAACCAAUUUAAAAGAAAAUAGAGAAAAAAAAAAGAAACCACAUAGAAAUACAUUUUGGUGUAAAUACAGUAAGGGUCUUCAAGGGAGCAACAUGUGCCUUUAUUCUUUAAAAAAAAAAUACUGUAAUUCAUUUUUUUGAUGGCAAACACAAUGUUUUCUAUAUUGUUUUUAUGGUGUAAAGCAACUACUUUUUAUUACCUGACAUUUUUGUAAGUGUAGAAUAAAAAUAAACACUCAAA